GGUGCAGUGCUCCCGCCUGCAGCUCCCACUCUCACUCUCAGCCGGCAGAGCAAACAGCAUGGACUCAUAGAGCAGAAACUCCUUAAAACAACUUCAGCAACACGGAGGAUCAAACAGCUGCCUGAUGGACCCAGAGGUUUAAUCAGAAGGGAUUUUAAUGCAGCUGUAACAGAGACACAGCAAUCAUGCCUUCACACCGCAGGGGAAGGAGUCUCUCCGACGCCCUGACCCUGGAGCAGUCGGAGGAGGGAGGGCUCAUUGUUUCCAGCAUCAACGACAGCGCCUCAGCCAAUCAGGGGCUGAGGAAAGGGGAUGAGAUUUUGGGAGGCACAAUCAAUUUCGAUCAGUUAUCAAAAACGGAGGUGUUAGAAGUGUUGGAGCUGAUGAAGCCGUACGAUGAGUUCCAAGUACUCACCAGGAACAAAAUGAGCAAGAGCGUCGGAAACCUGGACCAGAUAACAAAGAGUCCUGAGACGAUGCUGAAUGAUUCUUACAACAAACUCUACAACAACAAAAUCAAGAAGUUCAUGAAGAGUGAGGAGGAGCUAAGCGCCAAGCCAACUGAUCCAGGUUCGUCUAAGGUGGGGUUGCCUCGCCUUGGAGUUGACUUUGGACUUAUGAAACCCAAGCCUCUGAUCACAGACAUUGAUGAUGAUUCAGAAUCUGAUGAAGGUGGAGAAUUAACAUACAACAGCAAUCUGAACCUUCCACCGCUGGGUUUUGGAUCCAAUGGGACAACUAUAAGUGGAGCUCAGGUACCAAGACUGAAAGUUGAUGCUAGAGGUCCACAGUUUAACGCUCAAGGCUUCAAUGUGUCUGGAUCAUUACCAGAGGGUCGAAAUCCUACAGCUGGUAUACAACUUCCAAGAAAUGGACAUUUUAGAUCUCCAGAAAUGGGAAUGGACUUAAAGGGUUUAGAUGCUAGUGCCCCUGACAUAGGGACUAACCAUGGAGGGGGAACAAUCACGGGUCCAUCCCUUGACUUUGAUUCUCCCAAAGUGGGCUUUGAAGGACCAAACAGAAUGCCAAAAUUCAAACUGCCAGACCUGGGGCUAUCUGGACCCUCUUUUAGUAGCUCAGAAGGUGAGGUCAACACACCAGAUAUAGGAACCUCAGGUAAGCUGGGACUCAGGUAUUCCAAGAGACACAAAUACCCAGAUCUAAAUGUUGACAAUCCUUCUGGUUAUCUAGAGUCACCCAAGCUGAGGCUGUCUGGAAGACCUACUGACUUAGACCUAGAAAUGCCAGGUGUAGAUGCGUCACAACUUGAUGUACAUGGGCCAGACAUUGACAUGCCUUCAGGUAAAGUCAAAGUUCCAUUUAAGAAACCAAAGAUGAAUCUGAGAUCUUCAGAUUUGGAUGUGGAUGCUCCCUCAGGCAAGGUUAAAAAGCCAAGAUUUAAGGUAUUUGGGACAUUGCCAAAGAAUAAAGAUGUGGAUCUGAAUGCAGGGAUGAAAACACCCGAACUAGCUCUGAGAUCACCAAAGCUAAAAGGCAUCGAUGCACCUGAUGUGAGUGUACCAAAAAUGGAUCUUAGAGCUCCAAAUUUGGACCUCGACUCUCCAGAUUUUGACAUUGGUUCCCCCAAGGGGAAAUUCUCAAUGCCAAAGUUUAACAUGCCCAGCUUAGACUUUUCAGGUCCAAAAGGAGGAUUUGAUGCAUCUCUAGACAGACCAGACCUGCCAUCAGGUAAUCUUGAUCUAAAUGUGUCUAAGCCAGACAUUGAUGCACCUUCACUUGAUCUGAAAGGUCCAAGGUCAAAUCUGAAAAUGCCUGAUAUUGGAAGUCCAAGUUUUAAUAUGCCAGAUUUUGGAUUGUCAGGACCAAAGCUAAAAGGGCCUGAUGGUAAACUAAGGACUCCUGACUUUGAUCUCACAGCCCCUACAUUUAAGGGCGCUAUUGGCUCUCCAGAUUUGAAUUUGCCCAAGAUGGACCUUAAUAAACCUAAACUAGAUCUUUCUGGCCCAGACGUCGACUUUGAUAUGCCCUCGGGUAAAUUCAAAGUACCAGCAAUGAAGAAACCAAAUAUUAACUUGAAUGCUCCUGACAUGCAUAUUAAUGCUCCCAAGUUUGAUAUGAACACUCCAGAUGUCAACAUCGGUUCACCCAAAGCAAAUUUAAAUAUGCCAAAAUUUAAGAUGCCCAAAUUUGGUCUUCCAAGCCUGAAAGGACCUGAGAUCGAUGGCAAUUUUGAUGGUCCAGACUUCGAUAUCAAUGCACCUAAUAUCAAUCUUAAAGGUCCAAAAGCUGAACUGAAAACACCUGAUAUGGAUAUAUCUGGUCCUAACCUUCGUGGUGGCUUUAAUGCACCAGACUUAAACAUGCCAAAGGUUGACCUUAACACCCCGAAACUGAACUUUGACAUGCCAUCAGGUAAACUGAAAAUGCCAGAGCUUCAUGCUCCAGACUGGGAUGUAAAUGCUCCCUCAGGCAAAAUGAAAAUGCCUAAAUUCAAUCUUUCAGGUACACUACCAAAGGGACCAAAUCUGGACAUUGACACUGAUCUGAAUGCUCCAAAGAUAAAGGGUGGAUUUGAUGCUCCUGACUUGAACUUACCAAAAAUGAACCUUAAAGCUCCCAAGUUAGAUGUAAAUACACCAGAUGUAAACAUUGGUUCACCCAAAGCAAAAUUUAAAAUGCCCAAAUUCAAAAUGCCCAAAUUUGGUAAACCAAGCCUCAAAGGACCUGAGAUUGGCGGAAACUUUGAUGGCCCAGAUCUUGAUGUUAAUGUACCCAAUGUCAACCUCAAAGGUCCUAGAGCUGACAUGGAAAUGCCAGAUGUGGAUAUAUCUGGUCCAUCUGGAAAAUUCAAAAUGCCACAUUUUAACAUGCCAAAUGUUGGGCUAUCUGGUCCAAAAAUAGAUGGCCCUAACCUGGACCUGAAAACACCUGAUCUAGACAUAUCUGGCCCUAACUUCAGUGGUGGUUUAAAUGCACCAGACAUUAACAUGCCCAAGGUUGAUCUUAAAACCCCCAAACUGGACUUCAACAGCCCAAAGUUGAACUUAGACAUGCCAUCAGGUAAACUGAAAAUGCCAGAGCUUCAUGCUCCGGACUGGGACAUAAAUGCCCCCUCCGGCAAAAUGAAAAUGCCUAAAUUCAAUCUUUCGGGAACCCUACCAAAGGGACCAAAUAUGGACAUUGACACUGACUUGGGUUCACCAGAUCUGAGUCUGAAUGCACCAAAGAUAAAGGGUGGAUUUAGUGCUCCUGACUUGGACUUACCAGACAUGAACCUUAAAGCUCCCAAGUUAAAUGUAAAAACUCCAGAUUUCAACAUUGGUUCACCGAAAACUAAAUUUAAAAUGCCCAAAUUGAAAAUGCCUAAAUUAAAUUUUCCAGGCAUAAAGGGACCUGAAAUUGACGGAAACUUAGAUGGCCCAGACAUCGACUUGAAUGCACCCAAUGUCAACCUCAAAGGUCCUAAAGGUGAUAUGGAAAUGCCAGAUCUUGAUAUAUCUGGGAAAUUCAAAAAGGCCAAUUUUAACAUGCCUGAUUUUGGUCUUUCUGGUCCAAAAAUAGAUGGCCCUAAUCUGGACCUGAAAACACCUGAUCUUGAUAUAUCUGGUCCAUCUGGGAAAUUCAAAAAGCCAAAUUUUAACAUGCCUAAUUUUGGUCUUUCUGGUCCAAAAAUAGAUGGCCCUAACCUGGACCUGAAGACACCUGAUCUAGACAUAUCUGGUCCUAACUUCAGUGGUGGUUUAAAUGCACCAGACAUUAACAUGCCCAAGGUUGAUCUUAAAGCCCCCAAACUGGACUUCAACAGCCCAAAGUUGAACUUAGACAUGCCAUCAGGUAAACUGAAAAUGCCGGAGCUUCAUGCUCCAGACUGGGACAUAAAUGCCCCCUCCGGCAAAUUCAAAAUGCCUAAAUUAAAUUUUCCAGGCAUAAAGGGACCUGAAUUUGACGGAAACUUGGAUGGCCCAGACAUCGACUUGAAUGCACCCAAUGUCAACCUCAAAGGUCCUAAAGGUGAUAUGGAAAUGCCAGAUCUUGAUAUAUCUGGGAAAUUCAAAAAGCCCAAUUUUAACAUGCCUAAUUUUGGUCUUUCUGGUCCAAAAAUAGAUGGCCCUAACCUGGACCUGAAAACACCUGAUCUAGACAUAUCUGGCCCUAACUUCAGUGGUGGUUUAAAUGCACCAGACAUUAACAUGCCCAAGGUUGAUCUUAAAACCCCCAAACUGGACUUCAACAGCCCAAAGUUGAACUUAGACAUGCCAUCAGGUAAACUGAAAAUGCCAGAGCUUCAUGCUCCGGACUGGGACAUAAAUGCCCCCUCCGGCAAAAUGAAAAUGCCUAAAUUCAAUCUUUCGGGAACCCUACCAAAGGGACCAAAUAUGGACAUUGACACUGACUUGGGUUCACCAGAUCUGAGUCUGAAUGCACCAAAGAUAAAGGGUGGAUUUAGUGCUCCUGACUUGGACUUACCAGACAUGAACCUUAAAGCUCCCAAGUUAAAUGUAAAAACUCCAGAUUUCAACAUUGGUUCACCGAAAACUAAAUUUAAAAUGCCUAAAUUGAAAAUGCCUAAAUUAAAUUUUCCAGGCGUAAAGGGACCUGAAAUUGACGGAAACUUAGAUGGCCCAGACAUCGACUUGAAUGCACCCAAUGUCAACCUCAAAGGUCCUAAAGGUGAUAUGGAAAUGCCAGAUCUUGAUAUAUCUGGGAAAUUCAAAAAGGUCAAUUUUAACAUGCCUGAUUUUGGUCUUUCUGGUCCAAAAAUAGAUGGCCCUAACCUGGACCUGAAAACACCUGAUCUUGAUAUAUCUGGUCCAUCUGGGAAAUUCAAAAAGCCCAAUUUUAACAUGCCUAAUUUUGGUCUUUCUGGUCCAAAAAUAGAUGGCCCUAACCUGGACCUGAAGACACCUGAUCUAGACAUAUCUGGCCCUAACUUCAGUGGUGGUUUAAAUGCACCAGACAUUAACAUGCCCAAGGUUGAUCUUAAAACCCCCAAACUGGACUUCAACAGCCCAAAGUUGAACUUAGACAUGCCAUCAGGUAAACUGAAAAUGCCAGAGCUUCAUGCUCCGGACUGGGACAUAAAUGCCCCCUCCGGCAAAAUGAAAAUGCCUAAAUUCAAUCUUUCGGGAACCCUACCAAAGGGACCAAAUAUGGACAUUGACACUGACUUGGGUUCACCAGAUCUGAGUCUGAAUGCACCAAAGAUAAAGGGUGGAUUUAGUGCUCCUGACUUGGACUUACCAAACAUGAACCUUAAGGCUCCCAAAGCUAAAUUUAAAAUGCCCAAAUUCAAAAUGCCUAAAUUUGGUAAACCAAGCCUCAAAGGACCUGAGAUUGGCGGAAACUUUGAUGGCCCAGAUCUUGAUAUUAAUGUACCCAAUGUCAACCUCAAAGGUCCUAAAGCUGACAUGGAAAUGCCAGAUCUCGAUAUAUCUGGUCCAUCUGGGAAAUUCAAAAAGCCACAUUUUAACAUGCCAAAUGUUGGGCUUUCUGGUCCAAAGUUGGAUGGCCCUAACCUGGGCCUGAAAACACCUGAUCUUGAUAUAUCUGGUCCUAACUUCAGUGGAGGUUUAAAUGCACCAGACAUGAACAUGCCCAAGAUUGACUUCAACACCCCAAAACUGAACAUGCCAUCAGGUAAACUGAAAAUGCCAGAGCUAAAUUCUCCAGACUGGGACAUUAGUGCUCCCUCCGGCAAAAUGAAAAUGCCUAAAUUCGAUCUUUCAGGCAAAUUACCAAAAGGACCAAAUAUGGACUUUAAAGCUCCCAAAAUAGACAUGAACACUCCAGAUAUCAACAUUGGUUCACCUAAAGCAAAGCUGAAAAUGCCCAAAUUAAAAAUGCCUAAAGUGAACCUACCAAGCCUACAAGGACCUGAUAUUGAUGGAAACUUUGAUGGUCCAGACAUUGAUAUCAAUGCACCAGAUGUCAACCUAAAAGCGCCCAAAACUGACUUUGAAAUGCCGGAUGUUGGUUUUGGGAGCCCAUCUGGACAUUUCAAAAAGCCACAUUUGAAAAUGCCCGAUGUGGGAUUUUCCAGUCGAGAGUUCGAUGGCCCAGACUUCGACUUUGAAUCACCAGAUCUUAAUGCCAGAUUACCAAAGGUUCCAAAUUUGAACAUAAAUUCAGGCCUAAAAACACCAGAUCUUAAUCUCAAAUCUCCAAAAUUGAAAGGUGGAAUCAAUGUCCCCAAAUUCGGAUUGCCAAACAUGGACCUUAAGGCUCCAAAGUUUGAUAUGGACACUCCAGAUCUCAACAUUGAUGCAAAGUUCAAAACGCCCCAAAUCAAGAUGCCAAAGGGCCCCAAUGUUGACAUAAACGGAGGCAUACCUGACCUGAAUAUCCCAAAUGUCAGCGGUCCAAAUGGAACAUUUAAAAUGCCAAGUUUAAACACACCAGACAUGAAUCUUUCAGGACCUAAACUGAAAGGCCCUGGUAUUAAUAUGCCAGACUUAAAUCUGCCUGAUACCAGUUUCAAUGCAAUGCGUCCUGAUCUAGGAAUAGAUGGUAACAUAGGCCGACCUGACAUGAACUUCAAUGCCCCGAAUUUCAAAGGAAGACUAAGUGGCCCAGACGUUGACAUGAACAUGCCCUCAGGAAACAUCCAGGGUCCUCAGACUGAUUUUGAUAUGGAAGGCAGAAAAUUCAAACUUCCUUCUUUCAAGCUGCCUCAGUUUGGAGGUCCAGAUCUUAAUAGGGAAGGGUGCGAUAUUGACUUUGAUGCAUCUCUGAGAUCCCCCCUGAAUACAAAAAUGAACAUGAAACCACAACAGUUGAUUGGGGAUUUCACAGGCCCAAAUGUUAGCUCCCCAAACAUGCCGAAAGUGGCAAUGCGGAAUCCCCAAAUGCAUCUCAAAUCUCCAGAUUUUAACAUGGAUGAUCCUUCGCUAAAUUUUGGAGGACCUUCUAAUAUGAAUCUCAGAUCAGAAAUCCCAGACAUGAGAAUGCCUGCACUGGAUAUAGAUGGAGAUGUCAGACUUCAUCACAAUGAUAGACAGCUCCCGAGGACCCAAGUUAGGUCCAGCUUCCCUAUGGUGGACGCUGGUUUUAACCCCCAGUUUGAUUACAAUCGUUCAGAUCUCAACAUUGAUGAUUUCACGGGAAAAGAUCAUGUACUUAGAGCCAGAGGUUCGAGAUUGGACGGCCAGACACAAGGCAACCAUGGACAGGCAAUGUUCCCGUCAGGUAUUAAUCUUGACAUGAGGGACCCCAGACAAACCAGAAGAGUUCCUUCUGGUGACAUUCAAAUACAUACAAGGCCUAGAUCAAUGCAGCAGGUACCUAACACACAUAUGCCACAGUUCUCUCAGGAUCCAAGGUCAAUGCAACAGGUACCUAACGCACAUAUGCCACAGUUCUCUCAGGAUCCAAGGUCAAUGCAACAGGUAGCUAACGCACAUAUGCCACAGUUCUCUCAGGAUCCAAGGUCAAUGCAACAGUUACCUAACGCACGUAUGCCACAGUUCUCUCAGGAUCCAAGAUCAAUGCAACAGGUAGUUAAUGCACGUAUGCCACAGUUCUCUCAGGACCCAAGAUCAAUGCAACAGUUACCUAAUGCACGUAUGCCACAGUUCUCUCAGGACCCAAGAUCAAUGCAACAGGUAGCUAAUGCACAUUUGCAAAAUGUCUCUCAAGAUCCAAGAUUAAUGCAGCAGGUACCUAACGCACGUUUGUCACAGUUCACUCAAAAUCCAAGAUCAAUGCAGCAGGUACCUAAAGCACGUUUGCAAAAUGUCUCUCAGGAUCAAAGAUCAAUGCAGCAGGUACCUUACGCACGUUUGCAAAAUGUCUCACAGGAUCAAAGAUCAAUGCAGCAGGUACCUAAUGCACGUUUGCAAAAUGUCUCUCAGGAUCAAAGAUCAAUGCAGCAACUACAUCACACACGUAUGCCACAGUUCUCUCCAGAUCAGAGAAUAAGAGUACCUGACGGUUCAGACGGAUACUACGUCACUAGUUUCCCGAACCAACCACAAAAUCAAAGAAUGCCAAAUCGCAAAUAUAACACUCUCGGGGGGCCUAACUUUCGUCCACGAAACGUAGACCUAGAAGUUCUCGGACAAAAUGACGUAAAAGGGGGGUCAACUUUCUUUUUUUCCAACCUCAUAUAGGUGUAAAAAAACAGGUGUUUUCAUAAGCUGUUAAACAUAUUUCUAUUGUGUGUUAUUUUUGUAUAUUGGGGUUUAUUUAUUGUGAGUUCAGCUGUUGAUUGUAUGAUUUAUGCAUAUGUCAAAAUGUAUGUCUUUUUUUGCAUAUUUUACGUUUUUUAUUUGUGUACAAAGCUUUGUGUAGGUGCUUUGUAAUGAUCCAGUUUACAUUACUCUACAGCAUCCUUGCACUUGUUUUAUGUUGACGUUUUGUACACCUUUUCUUAUUUGUACUAUGUUUGUGCUUUUACUUGAAAAGCAGGUGGUCUUUCCAUGUACAUUGAGUUGAAUGAGGCUCCUUAAAUCCUAACAAUUCCCACCUUUUUUUCAUGUUAGAUUUUGAAACUCAAGGAGCAAUUUGUGGAUUUCUGAGAACUAUUUUAAGAUAAAAUGUUAUAGGUUUUUUAUAUAUUAUAUAUUAACGAGAUAUUGAAAUAACCAAAUAUGUGCAUAUGUUUAUAUUAUACAGUAAACACCCACUUUAUUUGUUAUUGAUUGGGGAUGUAUAGUUGAGUUUGUAUGACCAUUUUUUGUUCGACAGAGUUUUUGCUUUAAGGUUUCUGAGCAUAAAUAUAAUGAAUGUCAAUGACAAUUAUUCAAGAUGCCUUUAUAUACUAAACUGUAAAAAACGGACAUAAGCCAUUUUAUAAGUGACCAUGAAGCUAUUAAAAGUGUUCCAAUGUAUCCACCCUUUAUCCUUUUGUUAUAGCAUUGCCCACAAAUAAUAAACAGAAAGAAUGUGAACAGUA